AUGACUCGCCCAUCGACCGUGGUGAUCAAGCUUGGGUCCUCCUCUAUCGUACAUGAGAAAACGCACCACCCGCUUCUGUCUACCCUUUCUUCGGUGGUUGAACUCGUAGCCGACCUCCGUGCUCAAGGGCACAAGGUUGUACUCGUAUCAUCCGGUGCCAUUGCUGUCGGCCUUCAGCGCAUGGAGAUGCCUAGCAAACCUAAGAGUCUGCAAGGCAAACAGGCUCUUGCCGCCAUCGGUCAAGGCAGACUGAUCGCACUAUGGGAUAACCUCUUCGGUCAGCUCGGUCAGCCCAUCGCACAGAUACUCCUGACACGCGGAGACAUCUCGGAUAGGACGCGAUAUCUAAACGCCGUGAACACCUUCAAGGAGUUGCUUAAUCUGGGCGUCGUGCCCAUCGUCAACGAAAACGAUACAAUCUCCGUCAGCGAGAUCAAGUUCGGAGACAACGACACUUUAUCGGCUAUCACGGCUACCAUGGUGCACGCCGACUAUCUUUUUCUUCUUACCGAUGUCGAUGGCCUUUACACAUCCAACCCUCGAAAAGAUCCCAACGCGAAGAUGAUAGAGGUCGUAUCAUCGGUGGCUGGCAUUCGGAAAGAAGUGAGCACUGCGACCCUGGGCUCAUCUCUAGGGACGGGAGGGAUGGAGACAAAACUCAUCGCAGCCGAGAUCGCCACAGCAGCCGGCGUAACGACCGUGAUCUGCUCUUCUCGCAACCCAAAGUCGAUCACAGAUAUCAUCGCGUAUCAUGCAGCUACGGCCUCUCAGUCUUCGUCCGAAACCAGCAGUCCGGAUGAAAGUGAUGCGAGCACCGUCGUAACGCCCAGCGAACUCGUGCGCCCGCCACACACAGCCUUCACGCCGUCGCCGACCCCCCUACGCGACCUCAAAUCAUGGACAUCGCACACACUGCAUCCCUCUGGAUCUGUUGUCAUCGACGCAGGCGCGCACCACGUCCUCUCACGCCGCGAGUCCGGCGGCCGCCUACUUUCUGCUGGAGUGCUCGCGGUACGCGGCGCCUUCGCCGCCGGCCAGGCAGUCCGCAUCCUGGUACGCCGCGGACCUGGCGCCCAUGCGGGACAGUCGGCCGAAGAAGCGCGCGCAGCAUACGUCGCAGGACUCGAAGGAACGCGUCCAACCACGCCGACAAUCAAGCCUGUUGCGAGCAUUUCAAGCUCUGUCGUAAGUCUCGCCACGCUUGAACGGAACGAGCACGAGCGGCAGAUGCCGCCGGUACCCGAGGAUGAUACGGUACUCAUGCCGCACACGGGCGAGGAGGAGGCACAGGAGGAGUGGGAGACGGAAGAGGUUGGGCGCGGGCUUGCGAACUACAACUCGGCUCAGAUCGCUCGCGUGAAGGGCUUGCGGAGCUCGUACAUGGCACAACUGCUGGGGUAUGCGGAUUCGGAGUAUGUGGUCGAGAACGUCACCAUUCGUGUCCCGCCGUGA